GAUUUAUGAGAAAUUCAUCGUCCAUUCUGAUCUCAGCAGAGCUGAGAGCUGGAAGAGGUUAACUGAGGCGUUUCUGAACGCACCGCUCCCCAGCGUACAGCAAGUGAAGACAGAUGCGCAUUACUCCGUCCUGUCGCUGCUCCUGUGCCUGUCUGACUCUCCCUCCAACAGCAGUUACGUGGCGACACCAAGAGAGAAGGAAGUGGAGGAGGAAGACGGUCCCGACUGGGGGAGAUACUUGCUGGAAGGCGAGGAGAUCGACCUCGGUCCGCGCGCGGACACACCCGAUUGGUCUGAAGAGAGUGAAGACGAAGAUGACCAACAGCCGCUGAGCAGAGAGGACUCUGGGAUUCAGGUGGACAGGACCCCACUAGAAGAACAGGAGCAGCACCGGGGACUGGGGCCUCCCACCAGCUGGAAAGAUGAGCCAGAGGGCCGCAGCUGGUUGGAGCAGCACGUGGUGCGUCAGUACUGGGCAGCCCGGCCCACACGGACUCCUCACAGCUUGCACCUGCACGCCAACCUGGCUGCCGUCUGGGAGCAGCACCUGUGCAGCAGCGACCCGCUGUAUGUGCCGGAUGACAGGAUCCUCGUUACCGAGACGCAGGUCAUUCGGGAAACGCUAUGGUUACUUUCGGGGGUGAAGAAGCUCUUCAUUUUUCCGCUGGUAGACGGGAAGGUGACUGUGAGGAGCAAUAUUACAGUUUCCCACCUGACACAGAGCUGCUUGCGGUCGGUGCUGGAGCAGGUAGCAGCCUACGGCCAGGUGGUGUUCCGCCUCCAGGAGUUCAUCGAUGAGGUCAGGGGCCAUGGCCCCGAGAGCGCGUUACCCGGGAGCGGCCCCGUCCCUAAGAAGCCCACCGAAGCUCCCUUCAGGACCUACCAGGCGUUCAUGUGGGCCCUGUACAAAUACUUCAUUAGCUUCAAGGAGGAGCUGACGGAGAUCGAGAAGUGCAUCAUCCGCAACGACACGACGAUGACUCUCGCCAUAGUGGUGGACAAGUUGUCGCCUCGACUGGCCCAGCUCAAGGUUCUGCACAAAGUCUUCAGCACCGGCGUGGCAGAAGUCCCUCCCGACACGCGCAACGUGGUCCGGGCGUCUCACCUGCUCAACACCCUGUACAAGGCCAUCCUCGAGUACGACACCGUUGGGGAAGCCUCCGAGCAGACCGUCUCCCUGCUGUUCUCUCUCUGGGUGGACACGGUGCGACCCUACCUGCAGACGGUAGACGAGUGGAUCGUGCACGGGCACCUGUGGGAUGGCGCCAAGGAGUUCAUCAUCCAGAGAAACAAGAGCGUCCCGGUGAGCCACAGAGACUUCUGGUACGCGACUUACACGCUCUACAGCGUGUCGGAGAAGACCGAGCAUGAGGAGAGGACGAGCGACAGCGCCAGCGCCAGCUCCGGCAGUGACCAGGGCGCCCCCGCCAGGCAGCACACCAUGGUGUCCUUCCUCAAGCCCGUCCUGAAGCAGAUCAUCAUGGCCGGCAAGUCCAUGCAGCUGCUGAAGAACCUGCAGUGCGCCGAGAGCACCGCGGGCCAGGCCGCGGCCAGGGAUGCAGAAAGGAAAAGCCUGUACACCCUCUUCCUGGAAUCGGUGCAGUCACGUCUCAGGCGUGGGGACGAUUCCUCUCCACGGGUCCUCGGGGAGCAGCAGGUGUCCAAGGAGAGCCUCCUGCACAUGCAGCCUGUCGCCGGGAGCCAUCGGGAGCUGGAUGACGUGCAUGACCCUCUGCUGGCCAUUAACUUUGCGAGGCUGUACUUGGAACAGAGUGACUUCCACGAGAAGUUCGCCAGCGGCGACAUCUGUGUGGAUAGGUCCUCGGAGUCUGUGACAUGCCGGACCUUCGAAUUAACCCUGAGGUCGUGCCUCUACCCCCACAUCGACAAACAGUACCUGGAGUGCUGCGGGAGCCUCAUGCACACUCUGAAGAAAGAUUACCGGUUGGUAGAGUACUUGCAGGCCAUGAGAAAUUUUUUUUUAAUGGAAGGUGGAGAUACCAUGUAUGACUUCUACACGUCAAUUUUUGAUAAAAUAAGAGAAAAGGAGACCUGGCAGAACGUGUCUUUUCUUAACGUCCAGCUCCAAGAAGCAGUAGGACAGCGUUACCCCGAAGACAGCGCACGUCUGUCCAUAUCUUUUGAAAAUGUUGACACAGCCAAGAAGAAACUGCCAGUUCACAUCCUAGAUGGUCUGACCCUGAGCUACAAGGUCCCGUGGCCUGUGGACAUUGUUAUAAGUUUGGAAUGUCAGAAGAUUUAUAAUCAAGUGUUCCUGCUCUUACUUCAGAUCAAGUGGGCCAAGUACAGCCUGGACGUCCUGCUCUUCGGCGGUAAGACGCUCCCAGCAGGCGAGCAAACUAGUGCAGCAGCCAAACCGCCACUGCGGGCCGGCCUCGCCGGUGAGCAGGACUCACUCGCUGGGCUUGGACCGCAGAAGGACCUGGCGAGGCAGCAGGUGCACCGCAUGUUCCUCCUGAGGGUGAAGCUCAUGCACUUCGUGAACAGUCUGCACAACUACAUCAUGACUCGGGUGCGUGUCGGUCCUCCGCCUCCGCACACUCGUGUGGGGACGUGCUCGGGCGUGCUCUGGACACAGCUCCGGGUAGAAGUGUUGGAGUCCGUGUCCAGAAGCAGCCGCAGCACCUGUGUUCUGUCCCCCCUCGGUCUCCAGGUCAGCUUUGUGAAGGAGGCCAUCAUGAAGGUGCUGAACUUGGCGCUCAUGUUUGCGGAAGGCUGGCAGGCGGGCCUGGGCGCGUGGCGAAUGGAAUCUAUAGAAAAAAUGGAAUCUGAUUUUAAAAACUGCCACAUGUUUCUCGUGACCAUUUUAAACAAAGCGGUUUGUAGAGGAUCCUUUCCCCACUUGGAGUCUCUAGCGCUGUCACUCAUGGCCGGCAUGGAGCACAGCUAAAUGCCUUCGACGGGACGGACGCUGCAGGCCUCGCCCUCGUGCCCGUCACGUGCACCCAGAAGUGGGAGCUUCGUUCUGCUUCAUGUUAGAAACUGCCCACAGUCUGGAUGAGUGUGCUGUAGAUGUUUUCUCUGCAGGGUUUUGUACAGUGUAUAGCGUUACGUGUAUGGAAUUGUGUAAAUAAUACCAAGCGUCUAUGGGCUCCUUACUCUUAUAUUUUCUACUAUACGCUAUAGAUUUACAGCAUUGAUACCUUUAAGUGUAAAGUAUAUUGAUCUUUUGAAAAUGUAAUUAUUGGCAUUAAAGAUGAAUUAGAGCCUUUGAAGUUCUUCACUUAUCUUUUGCUGCUCCACCUGAGUCACGGAAGUCUGUGUGUGCAGAACGGCCAGAGGUGUGUACUCAGCAGAGUGGGACAGCGCGACAGGAGAAACCCCCUGCGUGUGCGCGGCCCGCCUCCAUCCCCCCUCCUGUAGAAUUCCAGAUGUGCACUCACGUGCAUGCCGCAUGUUCUCUAGCCACCGGAGCCUGUGUCCACACCGUGGUUGGCCACGCGGCAAACAGCUCCCUUAACCACGAGGCUGCGGGGCCGUCCCCACAGAAGCUUUUGAUUAUAGAUGCCGAAGUCCUCACCAGAAUACCAGCAAACCAAAUCCAGUAGUACACUGAGGGGGUUUUCUUUAUCAGGAUAGAACCCACCCACACGCCUGUGAGAAUGACAGAAAGAGAGAGGAACGUCCUCCAGAGUGUCGGGUCACGCGUGAUCCCCUUCGUCCAUGUGUGUACCCAGUGUGUUCCAGGCCAGUGGGGCUGGGGAUUUGAACUGCAGUCGCCAUGUGGGGUCUUGCUUCUGAGCAGUCAUUACCGCCGCACCACAGAGCUUGCCCUCGGGAGGUUUCUGCACCAGGACCAAGGACUCAUUGGGACGUAAGGUGGCGUGACACAGGAAAGGCAGGGAGACAUGCCGCAGUGACCGAACGAGGGUGGAGCCACGCGGUCAUCCUGCUGGCAGAGGAGCACUGACAGUUGACCCCUUCACGAUGGGAGCGAACAGGCCAGGAACAGCAGGGCGCGCCAGCAGAAUAAGGGCGUUGAUGGAAAAGCCGCUCCUUACAACGUACUCAGCUAUGAAAGACGGAAGGGUUUUCCUCUGAAGAUCAGGCACGCGACAAGGACGCCGCCUCUUGUCACAUCUAAGCACGCGGUACCGGAAGUUCUGUCAAGUGUAAGAGGCAGGAGCAGAAACGCCAUCUCAGGUAGCAAGAAGUAGGACACCCGUCGACAUGGCCUGGGGCCGGUGGGUGGUGUGGCGGUUCGCGCCGGACUCCCUGUAAUUGCUGAGUACUGCUUGUCUGAAACACGCGGUGUGGGGCAACUGGGACACUGCUCGUCACGGGUGCAAUAUAAAAUGGUUCUGCCACUGCAGAAAACUGCUCGGUGGUUUUUCGGCAAGUGAAACAGAAUUACCAUAUCAUCUAGAAAUUCGCCUCCUAGAUGCAGACCUCAAAGAAUUGCAAGUAGGUACUCAACAAAUGUGUGUACACACAGCAGGAGUAUUCACAACCAAAGGUGGGAUCACCGAAAUGGCCAUUAAUGAAUGGAUUGGGACCAACAACUGGCAUAAUGCUUGUCACUGGACCCCAUGUAAUUGACUGUGGUUCAAGUCC